GUGAAUCGUAACACAGUCAGUAAUCGGUGAUCGGAGGAAGGUGCAAUCAUGUUCAGAUAUUUCUGUUUUUUCGCUGUGAUUCUUGCCGUACAAAGUGCAUCUGCACCCUUCAUCACCCCCUGUAAAGCUGGUGACAAUGCCUGCAUCGUGUCUUCAGCCCAGGCAGCCGUCCCAAGCAUAGCCGAGGGCGUCCCCGACUUAGGCAUCAAACCCCUGGACCCCAUGGUUAUACCGCUGAUCCAGAGCGACCAGGGAGGGCUACACUUGGUAUUUAGGGAUACAGUAGUCACCGGCAUGAAGGGAUGUGUCGUUGAGGGCAUCAAACACGACUUGUCAAAGAGCAAGCAGACGGUCACCAUUCGUUGCUCGGUGACUUUGAAGGGAGACUACACCCUUGAUGGAAGAAUCAUCAUUCUCCCGGUCCAGGGAGAAGGGAAAUAUACUAUCACUAUACGAGACAUUCUAAUUAAGACCUUUACGGAGCUGAAGACGGUCCAGGGAAGUGACGGCAAGCCCCACUGGCAUAUUCAGAACUGGUCGUACAAGUAUGACACCAAGACAGGGGCGCGUUUCCAAUUCGAUAACCUGUUUAAUGGAAAUAGAAUACUUGCGGAUCCAGUCGAUCAAUUCCUGAACAGCAACUGGCGGGAAGUGAUGCAGGAGGUUGCUCCGCCUAUCGUGAAGGCCACUGUACAGGGCGUUGUGGAAGCUGUGGAGGCACUUUACAAGGCUGUGCCGGCUGAACAUCUGUUUAUUAGCUAGUCUGUUUCUUAGAAAAUAAAGUUAUUUUUUAUUAUUA